AUGUACACUACCACGGUGACUACUCGGCACGAGGAGAAGAAGAAGGACGAGAAUCAUCGAAAGUUGGAGGAGGACGUGGAACCAGUUCCACUCGCCGGGAAACGAACCCCGGCCAGGUUACGGAUAAUAUGGCGAAAUGUGAUUGGUAUCAUUGUGCUUCAUUUCCUCGCCGUUUACGGUUUCGUGAACGGUUAUCGUGAUGCCAAGCUGUGGACAUGGAUUUGGAAUAUCGUGUACGGUGUUGUUGCCGGCUUCGGAAUAACAGCAGGGGCUCAUCGACUGUGGGCGCAUAAAAGUUAUUCCGCCAAGACUCCUUUGCGAAUCUUUUUGGCUUAUUUGUAUUGCAUGGCUGGACAGACGCACUUUUACAAAUGGAUACGGGACCACAGGACGCACCACAGAUACACGGAAACGUGCGCUGAUCCACACGACGCGACUCGUGGAUUCUUCUUCUCCCAUAUCGGUUGGCUGAUGGUUAAACGGGACCCGGCAGUGAAGGAGUACGGCAGUAAAAUCGAUAUGAGCGACAUCGCAGCCGAUCCUGUGAUAAAAUUCUUCGACAAGUAUUACGAGGUCAUUAUGCUCACGUUGUGCUUCGCGAUGCCGAUAUUGGUGCCGAUCCUUGCAUGGGACGAGACGUGGUUCAUAAGCGUUCACGCGGCCCUCAUUCGCUACGUGUGGUCGUUGCACGCAACUUUUAUCGUGAACAGUUUCGCCCACAUGUGGGGAAAUCGACCGUACAACAGGAGGGUGAAACCGACGGAGAACCCGGCAGUGUCUUUCUUCGCACUGGGUGAAGGUUGGCAUAAUUACCAUCACUCCUUCCCGUGGGAUUACAAGGCUGCUGAACUGGGCGCGUACGGCCUGAAUCCAACCACCGGUUUCAUAGAGUUGAUGGCGCGUGUGGGGUUGGCAUACGAUUUAAAAACACCGAGGGAGGAGUUGGUCGAUCGUACGAUCGCGAGGAAGGGUGACGGUACGAGUAGCCUAUGGGGACGCCGGAGAUGUUGA